AUGGUGUUCGGCGGCGUGGUGCCCUACAUCCCGCAGUACAGGGACAUCCGCCGGACACAGACCGCUGAGGGCUUCUCCACCUACGUCUGCCUGGUGUUACUGGUGGCAAACAUUUUGCGGAUACUUUUUUGGUAA